AUGUCAUCAAGUGGCAUAAGCAACGAAUGCAAUAAAAACGGCCAAACGAAUUUCAGCUUAAAUGUCCUGCAUAGUAAAUGUUCGCCCCCAAGUGGAAAACGUGAUGAGGAAGACAACUGCAAUUUUGAGGAUGGAGAAAAAACACAUGCGGUAGACACUUUACGCAAUAACAUCACACAGGGGGGGGUCCUGAAGGCGGAAAUAAUUACACAGAACGGUGAAAACAACUUGAGUAACCAUAAGAAUGAGCCUAUUCACCCACAACAUUUACAGGAAAAUAUUUUUAUUAAUAUGAAGGAAGAACAUGCGAAGCAGAACGUAAACUUAAAUAAAGGUUACCCGUACAAAUGGAACAAAGAACAGAAUGAUCCAUGCGCAGAAAAAGGAAUGGAAGAAAAAUCAGGGGAUGUCUUUUUCAAAAUGGCAAAUGAAUACAAUUCAAAUCAAAGUAAAACGAUAGCCGGUAAUGUCGAUGUUUCGCCAAGUAAGGCAGAUCGGUCAAAUUUCACUUUUGAGAAAAACUGCCUGAACAGGUCAGGUGAAAUGGAAAAAAAAAAAAAAAAAAAAAUGAGCAUAUCGAAUGUAUUAAACAAUAAGGCUCAAAAUUGGAGCAACGAACUGAAUGGCAUAGAAUGUAGAAGUUCGCUCCUGAAUGGCGUGGAGGAAAGCCACCCCGAUGAAGUUAAAAAAUCGAUAAGCGUGGAAAAGAUUUGCCCACUCAGCGCCAACAAGGAUAGAGGAAAAAUAAUGCCCACCGGAAGGGGCGAAAAUGAUGUGUCCGUCGGAACAUGCAACAAGAGAGAACAUCCACAGGGGGGAAGACAAAUGAACAGACAGGAAACACCUAUUCCUUUUUUCACAUCCCCCAUUCCAAAGGCGGUGUGGAAAAGCGACAAGUUCACAGGCCAUCUAAAUGGCCACUCUUCCAUUGUCACUCACACACAAAAUGACACACAGAGCCCAUCUUACAUGGCCAAAGGCAAAAAUUGCGCCCUGAAAAAAAAGCAUGAAAAUAUAUUGCUAAGCGACAGGGAGGAGGUGAUAUAUGUGAACAAUCGAAAUGGGGGUAACCUGUGUGGAAAGAAUAAAAGGGGUGGGGGAUUCCACGACGAGGAUGAAAAAAUGGCAUGCACCAACGAAAGGAUAAGCGAGGACAGUAGUGAACGAAGUAUCACAGACCAGGACGCAGACGAUGAGAUCAACAAUGAGCCCAGGUAUGUAUCAUACGUUGAUCUACGAGCUGUGGAAAGUGGAAACCUUAAUCUCCUUCCUCCAAAUGGAUGGAACGAUCAAAUAAACAAACACGCAAGGGGGGAAAACAGCCCACCCACAAACUGCCCGGAGGUAUACACGAACGGAAAUCUUACACAUAGUGAAAGAGGCUAUUCCUUCAACAACCAUAAGACACACCAAAAUUUUAUGAACAACGUAAAAAUACACGUUCACCAUAAGGCCAUUGAUUACGACAUGAAGGAAGAACAAACAUUUAAUGCUUCCAAGGGAAACCAGGAAAAGGAUCUCACCGAGAAGGAAAGUCUACCCAUCCAUGUAAAUCCAUUUAACGCAUCAAAGCAUGUUACCAAAGAUGCGCCUGAAAUGGAAGGAACCCCCGUAAAGGAAAACGGCUUCCUCCCACGCGAUGAUGUUGAAAAGACGACGAAGAAGGAAAUGACAAGAAAAGACAACACGGCGGAAUGCUUAUCAAGUGUGCAUAGGAACUGGAGAACAUAUGAGGGAACCCUUACAGUCCCUGAGGAAGAAGAAAUUGUGAAUGCAGAAGAAAGAAAAAAACACGGGAUGAAAAAGGAUCCACGUGGGUGCAUUACUAACUUUUCGUAUGCCCAAAGUGGACACCGAGAAAAUGGGUGCAUAUCGAACCGUUCCUUUGUAGAGGAAAACUACGAUGGAAUGAACCUCACUAAUGGAGCCAAACAAAAUGGGUGUGUACCUGUUAUGGAAGGAAUGGAUAAGUUUGACGAUGGUAAAGAGACACAUAUUGGGGGAGGCAUGAAUUUGUCGCGAUAUCCGCUUAAGGGGAACGAAGACCAUUUGCAUGCUUCAAGAAAAGGCACCACCUUUAACGAAAUGAAUGGAAUAUUCCAAGGGGGGGAAGACAGCACCAUGUGUCACUCCAUAUCUGAAGGAGCAUCUGAUACAAACGGGAAGUCAACUCAGAAAAGUUGCCCUCCCUCCUCUCGUCAAAAGGUUCCUUCUCUGCAAACAAAGAGAGAGCAAUAUCCAAAUGAUGAACCCAACACAGAGAAAGCACCUGCGGAAGAUAAAUCCAUUUUUAAUUACCAUGCCGAGUGGAUGAACGGUUUAGAGGAAGGCAAAGACAAAAUGACGAACGGGGAAUUCUACAACAUAAGGAGCGUUCACAAAGAGACCACACGGACGAAUAAUAGUGGCUCUCUAGAUCAAAACCUGCAGAAUAGUCAUCCAGUUUUUCACCCCUUAAAAAAAAAUAUAUACCCAUCAGCAGUUAUACCUAAAGUUGGCGCAGAAUGGAAAUUCCCCUACAUGAGGAAGGAUGGAAAUUCACACACAAACAUUGACAGAAGGGGGCCUAAAGAAAUCAUGAGGAAUAACGGGGACAUUACAGAAGAAAACAAAAAACAAAUUCUUGGAUACACCCCAAUGGUGCAUCCUUUUCGAGAGGAACAGACAAACGAGCAGAACUAUCCCCAUGACAAUAUGAGCUCAAUAGCUGAAUCUUUAAGUAGCAAACAAGUGUCCACCAAAUGGAAAGGUAAAAAUACGAGGGAAACAGACAGCACGUGUAACCAAAUAGAGGCGAAAGAAUUGAUUAACGGAGAAAAUAAAAUAAUUGCCCAGGAUAACUCUCCCUUGUUUGCGAAUGGAUAUAGUCCACAUACGGAUAUCACUAUUGAUCCGAAGGAAGAGUAUACUCUUGGGAACGUUUCAAAAUGGGAAGAGGCUAACCGAAACGAAGGGGGCAAACUAUCCAAGUGGAUUUAUAGUUCAAAUAACCUAAGUGGAGGGGUAAAUUUUGGGCACGUCUACUCCAUGCACAGGAAUAAGGAAAGUUUAAAAAGAGGGAAAGAAGAAUUUUUAAAUCAUAAAAUGGAUAAUCAGCUAGCCAAUGGAGUACACCCAAAUGAUGAUGAAAACAGCUUCCCUAUGAGAAGCUAUUCUUACGGGGUUCCCACGCGCAGGAGUGAAAUUUCCGAUCUCGCCCCUCUCAGUGGAGUUUUCUUUGGGAUGACUCCUUCGAUUUGUAGGGAAGGUAUUAACCAGAUGAAUACUGGCAACCUCAUUAACGGAGGGGGAGGAUAUUUGAAAGGUGGUCCAAGUGAAGGAAGCUCCGAAAACGUGGAGAAAAUGGGCGAGGCAUCUUACAACCAGGAAGGACGAAACUGUCAGAUGGUGAAGAGGAAAGACAGUCCUAAUGUACUGGGGGAAAAUAAUCCUACGCACGGCGUGUCCUCCGUGGGGAAUAACGAACAGGGAAGAGAUAUCCGCAAUGGUGCAGAUGUAAAAUACCUGUACAGUUCAGGUGAAAGAGGAGAUGGUAUCCAGAAAUCGGAAAUUAAGGAUGGACGAAAUUUUGGCAAUGAUAUGGAUGGCAAAUAUGGAGAUUUGGCUGAUGCGACAGAUGAAGAGAUGUACAAAUUGAUGGAAGAUCUCCCAUUCGGGAGAGACAAAAAGGAGAUCGCUGAGGAGCAUGAGGAUAGAAGCAAAAAUACGUGUGUCAAUCUUGAAGAUGAAACAAUCAUACAUGCAUAUGCAGACAGACACGAUUGUGGCGCCUUACAUGGGGAGGAGGAACUUCUCUCAGAAAUGAUAGAACAACAGGGAUGGACCACCUUCGACCCGAACAAUGAUUACAGGUGGAAGUUGUGCCAUGUAAGAUACCCAGAGCAUAUUAACUUCAAGAAGGCCUUUUUCUUUACCUUUCAAAAUGAGAUAUACAUUUAUGGGGCACGCAAGAAUAAUUUCAUCAUUCCGAAUGUAUUGUUUCGGAUCCGAGAUGGUGAAGUUGAAUCUGUGCACACUAGGGGGACUGCUCCCAAGCUGUAUGUCAAGGUUUAUUUUGCCGUGGAGGAAGGGAACAUUAGCAGAAGUAUUGACGAAGAGUGCAAGAGUUUCUACAUCUGGGGAGCCAAUGAAAAGAGGCAACUGGACCUGUACACUGUAUAUAGACUAGAUUUGUGUCGCCUCCAGUGGGAAGAGAUAAGAAUCACCUACAACAGAAAUCUGAACAUGUGCAGGGAAGAUUUCUCCCUUAUCCUGAUUAAGAAAUGUUUGUAUAUGUACGGAGGAGUUGUGCUGAAGAAUGGGGAGUGGAUAUGUUGUGACGAAUUAUGGGUGUGCGACACUGGAAGGAGGAAGUGGGAGAUGAUAUUUGUAGGGGGGAGAGGCAACCAUGAUGAGGACACUACUCAAAAGGAGGGAAUUUUUUUUUCGAGUCUUCCUGCAACUAACGUGCUUAAACUUUUUACGAAUUCGGGCAGAACAUCUUCAAAGGGUACUGCACUUGAAGGGGGAAAGAGGAGUGAGAGUGAGAAAGGGAAGGAUGCACAAGGGGAAGGAAGUCUCAGUAAAUCCACUGUAACACGUUGUGAAGAAAAGCAACCAAGCAGAAGAGCAGGCCACCUUUGCGUUGUGUACAAAAACAGAAUGUAUAUUCACGGUGGAACUAAUUUGGCCGAGGAAAAAUCAGAUUUCUACUUUUUCGAUUUUGCAAAAAAUAAAUGGUUCGAGGUUAUGCCAAGUGGGGAGGUUGUUCCGCCAAAGAGGUAUGGCCACUCCGGAGUUGUGGUAAAAAACAAACUCUACAUGUAUGGUGGGUUCACAAAAAACCCCAACGGAAACUCCAUCAACAACGAUAUAUUCGAAUAUGAUUUUGUGAAGAACAAAUGGAGACAAGUCUUCAGCAUUGGUGAUUUAAUUUAUCUGAAAAGUUGUCUUAAUGGAAAGGAACAGAGUUACCUCAAAUUUAUGAAGUUACUAGUGAUGAGGAGAUACUACAGAAGCGCUACUAUAAGUGCUUCUCCAGAUGUGGGUGAAGUAGAAAGAGCGUUGUAUGAUAUUUCCCCUCGGGGGUGCAUCCAAAAGGGAAGAGAAGAGAGGCUACCUAAUGGGAAGGCAAAAAAUGCUACUAAGUCUACAUUUCAUCCGGAAGACACACAUACAAAAGUACAUGCAAAUUUCGUACACAUGGAAGAGACCCCACAUAGCAAUGAAGCCAUCAUCCCACAAAACAUUUUCCGAAACAAAAGUCUCUACUUUAAUGGCUGUCUGUACCUCUUUGGGGGAUGUGGAUUGGACAAUCAUUUCGAAAGAAGAGAAGAGAACAAAUUAUUCCUCCACUAUGAUAGUGUCUUUAAAAUGAAAAUUGGCCAUUCGUAUGUUCGUUGCUUUGCACAUUAUUUGUCUCACGGGGACACAUUUUUUUGGGAUCUCAUGGCGAAGGAGGAGAUGGCGCUACAUGAGUGGGUGCAGCGGGAACGAAACGUAAAGAAGGACACUACUACUCAUCCUGUACAAACUGUGAAAAACGACUUUGAUCAUUUAUGGAGCCAAUUGAAUGAGGACAAUGAAACUUCCAUAACAUCUGGAGAUGCACGUCAGAAGGAUGCAUCAUCUGUUAUUAAAAAAAUUGACUACAUGUUAAGAGAAAUUUCUUCACCUUUUUUAUCAGGGGAGCUCGGCGAAGGAAGUGACCUCGAGGGAGGAGACCUGAGAGAAGACACAUUAAUAGAAGCCAAGGUGGUACCCUCAACAUUGGAAGAUGGAAUAAUGACGAACUCUCCGGACAAGUCAAGUGAAACAAACAACUUGGGUGACUCCUUUUUACUCUGUCAAGGGAAGAAAAUGUUCCAACUGCUUACCUGGCUAAUCGACCUAUAUCACAGUGAUGUCUGCGCUGAUGAGAUGGCUACUGAUAUGACACCAGGACAAUGCCAUGUGUCGAACCUUUGGCUGGAAGAAGGUUCUCCCAUGGAGCAUGAAUCGCACACCGAUUCGCCUGACUUAUUCCCGGAAGGCAAAGCAGACCGCAUUAGCACUUUUGAUGUGCACAGCGAGGUGGAAAGCCUCUCAAGGGGAAAGGGACAGGGGGAUCCUUUUCCUACUACCGACCAGAAGGAGGCAAGAAAUGGUCACAGCGAAGACACACAGGGGGGGGAAGCGCCCCCCACAACGGAUGGUGCUAAAGAGGAGGAUCUAAGUGGAGAGUGUUUCCAAGGAAGAAACUUACCAUCUAAUCAAUUUGGAAAAAAGAACAAGAGUAAAUGUAGUGCAUCCGUUCAAGAAGUAUCGCAAGUUCAUUCUGUGCAAGAUUGCCCCCCUGGAGAGAUCCCCACAACUACGCUUGAUGCCUCCUGUAACAAUCACCACAACAACGGUGGUGAGAACGAGGGAAGGAGAAAAGUACAACUAAAUAAUAAUUACCUAAAGGGUCAUAAGGAAGGCGUAGGAUUUGCCCCCCCUGAGGGAAAGAACAAUCCGAAUGACCACCAUGUGUGUGAUAGGAAUUAUCUACGUUUUAGCAAAGGUGGCAAAAUGGAAAACCAUUUUGAGAAGCAGAAGGAACAUAUCAGUUUAGGGGAAGAAAAAAGUGAAGGGGCUAGCGAAUUCUCCAGGAACCUUUGCGGGAAUACUUACCUCAUUCCAGAUUACGCCAACAGCAAUCAUAUAUAUCUGAACAUGGAGAAAUCCAUCAUCUACAAUUACCUACAGGAAUUUAACGAUCUGACAGAUGAUAGUUAUUCUAUAAAAAUGAAAAUCAGGAGAAAUGAAAUUUACAAAUUAAUUUACACAUAUACAAAAAGUGUGGAGAUUCAAAACAGUGUAUGCUUUAAAAUGCUAGAACAGUUGGAAGGUCAGGCUAGGCAGCUACUGGCUGAGAAGGAUCAUCAUACAGAUGGUGGAAUUCAAGUGGAAAAUGCUGAGAAUGAUGAGAGUAGUUUUGAUUCAGCUGAUGAGGAACAAUCCAAUAAGAAGCAUCAUCUUCCAUUCAGCGAAGACAACUUUGUGUCAUUACAAAACGAACACGGACACUUAAAAAAAAAAAUGAAAUACUUUUGUGACAUGGCCAAUAUAUACUCCAUAAAAAUUAACAAGCUAAUUUUGUACAUAAGGAUUCUAGAGAAGAAGUACGAAUACGUGAUGAACUGCUUGCUCAAGUUAAAGUCUGUUUUGUUUAGGGAAGUCGUUACUGAAGAUGCGUCGAAACAUUUGUCAGGCCAUUUCGUGAACAACCUGGGCGACCAAUGCCCUGACCACUUAAGCAAAUUCUUCGCGGAAGAUACAUUCUUUGUACAUGAACAAAAUAACAAUUUGUCAACCUGCAAUUUUAAGGGGUGCGCAUUUUAUUCUCCUUCUGGGCGCACGAGAAACUGGACUCCAAAAGGGGAUACAACAGAGUAG